UGAAAUUCCCAAUUUUGUAAGGCACAUGCUCUCCUUCCAAUUCCAUCUUCGUGGAGCCAUAAUGGACCCCCAACCCUCACCCAACUCCCUCUCUUAAAACCAUCCCUUUCUUCUUUUUAUUCAUUCUCCUUUCAUUUCACUCCUUUUCACUUUCUCUCAUUCCCAAAAAUACUCCAUUUCCUUCAUUCUCCAUGGAUACAAACCAAAACCCACAAACUACAACAAAUUGCAACUCACCCGAAUUCGAGUUCUGGAUGCUCCGAAACCCGUCUUUCCCACAACCAAAUCUUCUCACCGCCGACGAACUCUUCGUCGACGGUGUACUCCUUCCCCUCCACCUUAUCCCUGCUACAAACAACCCCGACCCACCUCAACAAUCACCAAACCCGGAUCCACUAGUUAAAGACCCGGAUCCAGAACCCGAAUCUCAACCCGAAUCUUCACCCGCUAUAACUGAAUCCUCAACCACCGCCACUUUCUCUUCUUCAAAACGGUGGAAAGAUAUUUUCAGAAAAGGUGAGAACAAAAUCACAGAAGAUAAAGAGAAAGAAAAAGAGAACAAGAAGAAGGAGAAGAAGAAAGAGAGAAAAAACGGAAACGGUUCAAGUUCUGCAGAACUUAACAUCAACAUAUGGCCAUUUUCACGAAGUAGGUCCGCGGGUAAUACGGGUACCCGACCCAAAUUAUUUCCUCCGGUUACCCGGAAAGUCAACAGCGCGCCGUGUUCUCGUAGCAACUCAACCGGAGAGUCAAAAUCUAGAAAGUGGCCGAGUAGUCCGGGUCGGGCCGGAGUUCACGUCGGUCGGAGCAGUCCAGUAUGGCAGGUUCGUCGGGGUAUCUCCAAAAACUCUGAGCAACAACCUAACACAGAGAAAGCAUCAAAAACUGAAACCACCGCAACUCGCCGGAGCAAGGUGGUUUCUAGCGGCGGAGGAAAGACUAGGGUUUUGAAUUUGAAUGUUCCGAUGUGUAUUGGCUACAGACAUCACUUGAGCUGUAGAAGUGACGAGAGCGGUUCCGCCGUCGGUGUGAGUGGUGGCGCCGUCGCGAACGGUGGUGGUGAGUGUCAUAAUGAUGAAGGAAGUGGGGGUAACAUUUUUAAUCUACGCAACCUCUUCACCAAAAAAAGCAUAGUAACUUCUCACUAGUUUUACUUUUUUUUUUUUUUUUUUUUAACUAUGGUACAAGUUAUUAUUAUUAUGUAAUUAUUUACUACCACUUUUUCUAUUUUCUUUUUUGGUUCCCUUAAACUAACCUUUUUGGGAUUUUUUUGUUUGUUUAUUUUCUUAUACAGAAAGUUAAGUUUAUCUUUUUUAUUUAUUUAUCAUAUUUUGGAUGUAUUUAUUUCUGGUCUCAUAUUAAGUGUAAUUUUAGAGUAUUAAUAGAUUUUUAAGUUCAAAUGCAGCAGUUAGUAUAAUACUUGUGUGUGGAUGCUUAAAGUUGAAUCCAAACAUCCACUCCCUUUUCCCAUUUAUUUAUAUGUAAGUG